GCUCCGGGGCAGGGCCUGGCAAGGGUUAGGCGUUGGGGGGGGGAAACCACGUCCUUCCCCUGGGAGGCCCUGCCCUGGAGCUUCCUCUGUGUUCUCGGUCGCGAUGGAGUUGGGGGCGGUGGCGAAGAGCCGCCCGCCCGAAGUCCGGAGCUGGCACCCAGGGCUAGACAUUGCCAUCUAGCGGUGUGCACAGGCCUGGGCAGCGGCUGCUUGCCUCCCCAGAUCUCCGGUGGGCCUGGAUCGCAGAGAAACGCCCCAGAGAGGGUUGCUGUCAGAAUGUCUGCGGGGGAAACCCGAGGGGUCGAGAAAGAGGGUGGGGAGGACGCGCGAGACACCAUGCCUCACCCCUUGUGCUGCUGUCAGCUUCCCCUAGCAGACCCAGAGGGGAACUAAACCACCUGUCACCUCCUUGGAGACAAGAUGUCCCCCGCGGAGAUAAGAGGCCUCUUCUCUUCUGGGAAAGCUAAGUGGGGGAGCCGGAAGGGAGUGGGUGGGGACCCUUAGUUCUUUGGUUUUGAGCAGUGGACAGCAGAGGCAGGAAAUCAACCUGAGACAGGUUGAGGUUGAGAAGGUGGCUCCUGGGUUCUAAUCCUGCCCCCCCUUACACACCGGAUGACUUUGGGCAAGUUAAUUAAUAUUAUCCUCAUCUGUAAGAAGAUACUUACAUCAGUGAGAUGGGGAUACUAAUAGUACCUGCCUUAUUAGGCUUCUGUAAGGAUUAAACCAGAUAAUCUCUAUUAAAAAGCUCAGAGGGAUUCCUGACUCCUAGUUAACAAUAAACAAGGGCUAUUAUGUUUUUCAUAUUUGGCACCUCCAGCCCCAUUCCCAUCUCACUGGCCUGUGUCCUGGCCCCGGGAGGCUAACGGGGCUUUCCUUGGUGCUGGCGGACAGAUCCUUCCUGCCCACCCUGCCCCUGUUUGCACCUGCCUCGGGAGGGCAGCCUCUUCAUUCUGGGUGCUUCUGCUCUCCCAGCUCAGAGGGUGACAACUGAAGCUCUCAAAGCUGAAAGGGGGCUGUCAGAGACCCCAGAGAGGGUGGUAUUUAGUCUUUGCCCUUGACUCAUGUGUGACCUUGGAGAUGGCAACACCCUUGUUGAGCCUCCCCUCCUGAGAACCAAGGAUUUGGACAGGCGAACGUGAACUGCCAGGCCAGGAGGCUGGGGCUGUGUCUGCAGAGACGCUGGCCGCCCACCGCCGCUAACCAAAAUGGCGAACUUCACACCAGUCAACGGCAGCGCCGGCAACCAGUCUGUACGCUUGGUCACCUCAACGCAUAACCGCUACGAGACAGUGGAGAUGAUAUUCAUUGCCACGGUGACGGGCUCGUUGAGUCUGGUGACUGUCGUGGGCAACAUCCUGGUGAUGCUCUCCAUCAAGGUCAACAGGCAGCUGCAGACAGUCAACAACUACUUCCUCUUCAGCCUGGCGUGCGCCGAUCUCAUCAUUGGCGCUUUCUCCAUGAACCUCUACACCGUGUACAUCAUCAAGGGCUACUGGCCUCUGGGCGCCGUGGUCUGUGACCUGUGGCUGGCCCUGGACUAUGUGGUGAGCAAUGCUUCCGUCAUGAACCUUCUCAUUAUCAGCUUCGACCGGUACUUCUGCGUCACCAAGCCCCUCACCUACCCGGCCCGGCGCACGACCAAGAUGGCGGGCCUCAUGAUCGCCGCCGCCUGGGUCCUGUCCUUCGUGCUCUGGGCACCUGCCAUCUUGUUCUGGCAGUUCGUGGUGGGCAAGCGGACGGUGCCGGACAACCAGUGCUUCAUCCAGUUCCUGUCCAACCCGGCGGUGACCUUCGGCACCGCCAUCGCCGCCUUCUACCUGCCCGUGGUCAUCAUGACGGUGCUCUACAUCCACAUCUCCCUGGCCAGUCGCAGCCGAGUUCACAAGCACCGGCCCGAGGGCCCCAAGGAGAAGAAAGCCAAGACUCUGGCCUUCCUCAAGAGCCCCCUGAUGAAGCAGAGCAUCAAGAAAGCCCCGCCCGGGGACCCGGCUCCCGAGGAGCUGCGCAACGGGAAGCUGGAGGAGGCCCCUCCCCCGGUCCUGCCGCCCCCGCCGCGCCCCGUGGCCGACAAGGACACUUCCAACGAGUCCAGCUCCGGCAGCGCCACACACCACACCAAGGAACGGCCGCCCACGGAGCUGUCGACCACGGAGGCCACCACGCCCGCCAUGCCUGCCCCUCCCCUCCAGCCGCGGGCCCUCAACCCCGCCUCCAAAUGGUCCAAGAUCCAGAUCGUGACGAAGCAGACUGGCAAUGAGUGUGUGACGGCCAUCGAGAUCGUCCCGGCCACGCCCGCCGGCAUGCGCCCGGCGGCCAACGUGGCCCGCAAGUUCGCCAGCAUCGCCCGCAACCAGGUGCGCAAGAAGCGGCAGAUGGCGGCCCGGGAGCGCAAGGUGACGCGGACCAUCUUUGCCAUUCUGCUGGCCUUCAUCCUCACCUGGACGCCCUACAACGUCAUGGUCCUGGUGAACACCUUCUGCCGGAGCUGCAUCCCCGACACGGUGUGGUCCAUCGGCUACUGGCUCUGCUACGUCAACAGCACCAUCAACCCCGCCUGCUACGCCCUCUGCAAUGCCACCUUUAAAAAGACCUUCAGGCACCUGCUGCUGUGCCAGUAUCGGAACCUCGGCACCGCCAGGUAGGCAGGCAGGGGUGCCGAAGGAGGUGCUGGCGGUCACGUGUGCGCGCUGAGCCACGUGGGCGGUCACGUGGGUGGUCUCUCACGUGGCUGCCGGGGAGCGCUCUGGAAGCGUCCCUCCGUGUUCCUGUUCCCCGACGAGAACUGAGGUGCCCAAGACCCCUGUGAGGCUCAGGAAGAAGCUCUGGCAGGAUUCAGAGAGACCAGAUCUCGGCUCAGGCUGGGGAGGGUCGGCCCCAGAAGCGUCUGAACCAGGACUGUCCGGCCUGCCUCAGGGAGCUGGAGGCACUGGCUUUCUGGGGCACUGCCCCACUGUGACCAGCCAGCAUGGCUGGAAGAAUGGACAUCUGGAGGGGACCAGAAGCCCGAGAUCCCCUUGGGA